AUGGAUACUCAGAAUGACAAAAACACGUUAAAUUUUUCACCAGAUACUCCAUCUAAAUGUACAUGGGCCACGGGAAAUGAUAUCAAAAACAGUCCACACAGACAUGUUCAAAUAACCCCUUCAGAAGAGAAGAUACUGCCAAAUAUUCUGAGUCAAACAAGAAAUACGCCAAUAGUGCGAAUCAAUAAACUAAAUAAAGAUGCGAAGCUAAAAUGUGAACUAUUGGCUAAGUGUGAAUAUUUCAAUGCCGGUGGAAGUGUAAAAGAUAGAAUAGGCAGAAGAAUGAUAGAAGAUGCCGAGGAAAAAGGAUUAAUUAAACCCGGUGAUGUGAUUAUUGAACCAACAGCAGGGAAUACAGGAAUUGGUCUUGCAUUAGCCGCAUGUGUCAAAGGUUAUAAAUGUAUUUUUGUAAUGCCGGAGUACAUGAGUAUGGACAAGGUUAACAUCCUACACGCGCUUGGUGCGGAGAUUGUCCGUUCACCAAAUACAACAACGUUAGAUAGUCCAGAUUCUGAUUUUGGUGUGGCACAUCGUCUACAAAAAGAAAUUGCUAAUUCCAUCAUAUUAAAUCAGUUCCGGAAUGCUGAGAAUCCGUUAGUCCAUUAUGAUGAGACAGCUGAAGAAAUCUUACAGGCAUGUGAUGGUAAAUUAGACAUGUUCAUUGCUUGCACGGGUACAGGCGGUACUAUUACAGGCGUGGGAAGAAAACUGAAGGAAAAAUGUCCACAAUGUAAGGUAAUUGGUGUAAGGUCUGAAGCCAUUCCUGGUAAAUUAAACGAAGUGGAAGGACUUAAGCGUGGAUUCAUUCCAACCACGUUGGAUACAUCCAUAAUUGAUAAAUGGUAUGAAUGCAGUAAUAAAGACUCAUUCAUUUGUGCAAGACGACUAAUAAGCGAAGAAGGUUUGCUAUGUGAUGACUGGAUGAUAGACAGGAAGUAUUUAGAGAAACAGGUGUCAACAAAAAACCAGAAAUGGCGGGAAAUGAAAGUGUCAUCAUUAGAUCUUGUAUACUCACCCACACUAAUUGCAUCACUUUCUUGCUAUGAUUGUAUCAACAUUAUGGAAAUGAAAGGAUUGGAGCAGAUGCCAGUAUUGGACGAAAAAGGUCGAGUGAUUGGUAUUGCAACAAUGGGCAACAUGAACGCCCAGUUGAAAGCCGGUAAAGUGAACACGUCUACUCCGGUUUCAAGUGUUACUUACAAGCAAUUUAAAAAGAUCACUUUGGAUACCACACUCAGCAAGUUAUCUAGCAUCUUAGAUAUUGAUUAUUUUUCAAUUGUUAUAAAUGAACAAAUGCAAUCAUCAGAGAGUAAUGAUGUUUUUUGCAAGCAGACGAUUGCGAUUGUGAAAAAAAUUGACCUACUUAGGUUUAUCUUCAAGCAACAAGAAGCUGAGGCACUGCCGAUAGAAGGCAUUUAA